AUGGCUGGUUCAAGGGCUUUAGGGUUUUGGCCCAUCACCCUUCUCGCUCUCUCCUUUUCCCCUCCCACCUCUCUCUCUCUCUCUCUCUCUCACCUCCCUCCUUCCUCGCUUCCUGUCUCAUCUCUCCCCCCCUCCUGUCUCCCACCCACCUCUCUCCCUCCCACCUCUCUCCCUCCCUCCUCUCUCCCUCCCACCUCUCUCUCUCUCCCACCUCUCUCCCCCCCUCCUCUCUCCCUUUCUCCUCUCUCCCUCCCACCUCUCUCCCUCCCACCUCUCUCCCUCCCACCUCUCUCCCUCCCUCCCUCCCUCCCUCCAAUCUCUCUUUCUCCACUCCUCUCUCCCUCGCACUCCUUUCCCUACCUUCUUCCUCCCUCACCUCUCCCUUCCACACCUCUCCCUCCCACCUCCCUUCCUCCCUUCUUUCUCCCUCCCUCCUCUCUCCCUUCCACCUCUUCCUAUCGCCAGCUUUCCCACUCCUCUGGCUCAUUCCUUACCACACCUGCCUCCCACCUGUUGCGACCCCCUCGUCAAGGCGGAAGGCUCGCUUCUUUCCACCCUAUGCUUUUCCGAGAUCAAUUCCCAGUCCUCCCACCCGUUGCGAUUCCCGAUGUAAAGGUGGAAGAUUCGGACGAGCUGCUUCCUCUCCCACCUCUCCCGCGCCUCUGCCCCAUUCCCCACCCUCGCCACCUCUCCUGUCAUCUGCCCCAUUCCCAACCAUGCGUGCCUCUCAUAUCAGGGCCUCCCACCCGUUGUGAUUCCCAACGUCAAGGUGGAGGGGAGACUCGGACGAGCUUCUGCCUGUAA